AGCCAAAAGGCUGACCGCAGCCAUAGCUCCCACGUAAGUCUUGCGCCUCUGCGGGCUUUGCUUUUUGAGGUCUUCAGCGAUGCCGGAGACCAUGGAGAUCAGCGAUGCCGCCAAGUCGGGGGAUGGCAGCACCCAGAACGCCGGGAUCCCAAAAGGUGGGCAUCAAGGUGGACGCCAAGUUCCAGUGUGCCGAGUGCCGCCAGAAGUUUGACUCUGAGAAGGCCAAGCAGCUGCACUGGAAGUUCAUCCACGACCCCAACCGCCACCAGGAGGACUGAUCUGCAUGCAGACGCACAGAUCUGACUGACGGCUUGCACAACUGCAGCAAGCGCUCCGCGCUGAAACAAGCGAUCCAUUUAUUUGCUCCUCAUGAUGCAGGGCGAGUUUGACA